UCACUCACGUUGAAAGGGAGGGAAUACAAAAUAUUGGCACUUUAAAGUGUUGGUAGAAGCUAGACUCUUUAACCUUUUAAAACCACGUUCUUUGCCCAUGUCAACAACUUCUCUGCAUCUUCAACAAAUCAAUACUGUGUGUGUAAGCGGUGAUUUUCUGUAAGAUUUGUUACACAAACCACCCUAAUUUUCAUACUUCCGAUUACAAACCCUAAAUUCCCAAUUUUCGCUGACAAUUCAAAGCAAAAUCAUAAUCAUCAAUGAGGAAAAACUAGUGAAAAAAGAUAGAAAAAUUAGCUGCUGAAAAAAUGGAAACUCCAACUACAACAAAUGAAGAACUACGAGAGAGAAGAUGGAAGUGUGAGAGGUGUGAGUUAAAGGGUGAUAAUAAGAUGUGUUACCAACAUAUUGCGUCGUAUUUAUUUCCGGUUACAAAGAAAAACGUUUCGCCUGAAUCUGCAAAAAGUGAAGAUGAAAUUACCCAGAAAACAAUCUCGAUUAAUUCAAUUGAAAGUAAGAAGAUUGAAGAAGGAGAAGAAAAGAAUGUUGAAGAACAAGGUCAGGGUAAUGGAAAAGUGGUUGAGUUAAUGAAGUGCACACCAAGUGUUUGUGAAAAUGGCGCAAAGAGGGAGGAGAAAAUUACCCAGAAAGCUGUUUCAGCAAGAUUGAAAGGAAAGUCCAGUAAAAGGAAGAAGGUUGAAGAGGAAGGAAGUGGGUUGAAAAAUUCAGUAAAAGUAAAGAAAGGAAAGGCAUUGGAUAAAAAGGUUAAGACUUCCCGGAAGAGGUUUCGGAAGAUUACUGCGAAUGGCGGCGACUGUGAUCGGAGUAGUGAAGGACUUGGUAGUGUGGUUGAGGAGGAAGCGGUUGAGAGGAAACGACGAAAAUGUUCGCAAAAUGUGGAUGAAUUUGAUACAUUGCUUGAGUUAUCUAAGCAGAGGCAUAGGAAGGGGAUUAAGAUUGAUUUAAACACUUGUCAUCAGUGCCAUAGGAGUGACAAGGGAAGAGUGAUUAGGUGCACCAAGUGCAAGUCUAAACGGUUUUGUAUUCCCUGCAUUACAAACUGGUAUCCACGGAUGACAGAAGAGCAGAUUGCUUUGACUUGUCCAUUCUGUCUUGGGAACUGCAAUUGCAAGGCAUGUUUGCGCAUGGACGGACGUAUCAAAAAUCGGUUGAAGGAUGGUUUUAUAGUUCCGGAAGAUGUGAAGAUUGAGCAGUCCAGAACACUCUUGACGACUAUUCUGCCAUUUCUGAAGCAGUUUAAUCAGGAACAGAUUUCAGAAAAGGAAAUAGAAGCCAAAAUUCAGGGUAAACUAGCAUCUGAAGUAGAACUCAAAAAUGCAAUUUGGCGAGAUAAUGAGCGUGUAUCCUGCAACAACUGCAGAAAUUCCAUUGUUGAUUUUCACAGAAGUUGUCCAAAAUGUAAGUAUAUUUUGUGUCUUACUUGCUGCUGGGAAGUUCGUGCUGGACAGCUGCAGGGUUGUGAACAAGUGAUGGAAUAUGUUGACCAAGGUUUCCAAAAUGUAAAUGGUCAAAGUUCUACUGCCCGAUCCAAGAAACCAGCCAGAGGCUACAAUGCUCCUACCAAAUUAGAGGCAAAAGCUAGACGGAAAAGAUCUCUUGCUCCAUCAGAGAAAAACACCACAGUCAAAGAUGCUCGUGCUCCAUCUCAGGGAAUAAUGGGAGACAAUUCUCUGGAGUUACUUGUUGAUCUAAAUAAGGCAAAGCCUGAAUGGAAAUCAAAUAAUAAGGGUUCUAUACCAUGCCCUCCAUCAAUAUACGAGGGUUGUGGUGGUACAUUUCUUGAAUUAAAAUCUAUCUUGUCAGAUGGUUGGGUUUCAGAAUUACUGAAUAAAGCAGAGAAGACAGCGGCUAAGUGGGAACCUGAGAAUGCACCCCCUGCUCCUGAGGGAUGCUCAUGCUCUGUGUCUGAUGCUGACAGUGGAAGCAUAUUGCGGAAAUGUGCUUCCCGAGAAGGUUCAGAUGACAAGCGUUUGUAUUGGCCAGAUGCGAGGGACAUUCAAUUUGGAGAUCUCAAGCACUUCCAGUGGCAUUGGUCCCGAAGAGAACCAAUUAUUGUCAAGAAUGUUCUUGACACUACCCUGGGUUUAAGUUGGGAGCCAAUGGUCAUGUGGCGUGCUUUCCGUCAACUUGGAAAUAGCAAAAAUUCCACCCCAUCGAAAGUGAAAGCUAUAAAUUGCUUGGAUUGGUCUGAGGUUGAUCUCAGUAUUUACCAGUUUUUCAAAGGUUAUCCACAAGGUGAAUUUGAUGCUGGAAAGCGUAAGCAGCCUGUCUUAUUGCAAUUGAAAGAUUGGCCACCUAAUGGUAAAUUUGAGGAGCGUUUAUCACGCCAUAGUGCUGAAUUUGUUAGAGCUUUACCAUUUAAAGAGUAUACACAUCCCAGGGAUGGAACUUUAAACCUAGCUGCGAAGUUGCCUUUAAGAACUUUGAAGCCAGACUUGGGCCCAAAGACCUAUAUUGCUUAUGGACGCGCUCAAGAGUUGGGUUGUGGAGACUCUAUCAGCAAGCUUCACUGUCACAUGUCUGAUGUGGUCAAUAUUUUGGCACAUACUACUGAAGUUACUCUGCAUCUUGACAGAGGUGCUUGUCCAUCUGGGAGCUCGGAAGGUUCGAAGGAUGAUAGCGAAGGUGCACUGUGGGACAUCUUCCGCAGAGAAGAUGUUAUAAAACUACAAGAAUAUCUGAGGGGACAUCAUCUGGAAUUCAUGAACAAUCAUUGCACCCCACUGAAGCAGGUCAUUCACCCCAUUCAUGAUCAGACAUUCUACUUGACAGAGGAGCAUAAAAGGAAGCUGAAGGAAGAAUAUGUUCUAUGCUACCUUAUAGGAGUCGAGCCAUGGACAUUUACUCAAAAACUUGGAGAAGCAGUCUUCAUCCCUGCUGGAUGUCCUCAUCAAGUUAGAAACUUGAAGUCAUGCAUAAAGGUAGCGCUUGAUUUUGUCUCUCCCGAGAAUGUUGAAGAGUGUAUUCGUGUGGCUGGGGAGCUCCGUAGUUUACCUCGAAAUCACAGAGCGAAGGAGGAUAAGUUGGAGGUAUGGAAAAUGAUUAUUCAUGCAGUGAAGCAGGCUGUAAAGGACUUGGAGACCUAGCAGGAGUCAGAUGAAGAAGAACCGGCUUGAGUCGUAGCCUGACCCAUUUGCUGAGUACUUUUACUCGUAAUUGAGGCCUGAAUUCGAGGGUUAUGAGAUUUUAUCAGAGACCUAGCAGGAGUCGAAUGAAGAAGAACCGGUUAAGACUUAGCCUGACCCAUUUGCUGAGUAAUUUUACUCGUAAUUAAUGUCUGAAUUUGAGGGUAUGAGAUGACCUGAAUUCACUUGUAGUGUAUCUUGGGAGGUAGUCUAAUUGUUAAUACUAAGCAUUGUUUGGUCUAAUAGUAUAGGUUUCCGUCUCACAACCAUAAGAUCGUGAGAUCAAUUAUCUAACCACACUAGAGGCACUUUAAGGAUGGGAAAUCGUUUACUCUUCCCCUUCACUCCCAAUGAGCAUUGCUUGUAUAGCUGUACCGGCUUGAUCCUAGUUGGUUAAUCGAAUAGGGCACUUCUUUUCUCUUCUUUUUUUGAAGUCCAAUUGUUUUGGUACAUCUUUGAGCUGGCUAUAUUUGGUUAGGUUGCUUGUAUUGUAUAGUUCUAAUAGAUUUAAUUUGCGCAAGUAUGAAGGUAGAAUUGGAAAGCUUGAUUAUUAUUUUUCGAACAAUUUAUUUUCGUUCUAGGUAAUACAAAUACCGAGUAUUAUCUUGAUUAUUAUUAAUGAAAAUAACACUAAUUACAGAAAUUUAUAAGUUUCCAGGCAAGCA